UUCCGGUUGAGCGUCUGAGUAAGCGAUAGCCGUAAUCCAGAACGCAAAUAUGUCGAGUAUUUUAUGCUCAGUUAGGGGCUGUCAUAACAGUUGGGUUAAGAGAAGAAAGCAAUUGCACCAAAUAUGUUACGAACACAAUGUGAAGCGGCUUGAGUGUUGUGGAGCACUUUAUAAUUUACACCCACCACCUAAAGAUGAGGAACACCUGAGGCAGUGGCUGAAAGCGCUAAACUUGAAGCGUCCACCCAAGCGUCCUUAUGUUUGUUCAUACCAUUUCACGGAGGGGAAGCCGACUGACCAACACCCUUAUCCCGAAAAAUGGCUCGGUUACGAUGUUCCAUUAAAGAAGCCACGCCGGGUGCUGAAAAGAUUGUCAGAUUCAGAAGCAUCGACGAGUGUCAGUGAUGCAGUGAACAACAGUGAGGAUGAUACCAUCCACAUGCCCCUGAGCUGUGAUAAAGAAAUGCAGUGGGAGGAUUCAUCUGUCUCUGACCACAACUACACUUUAACACCGCAACUCAUCUUGAAGCCUACUAAAUCAGAAAUGGGAACACAAUGUGUUGAGCUGGCACCAUUGUACAUUUCUCUCUUGAGAAACGACCACCUUUGUCAGCUCUACACAGGGUUGACAUUGGAUGCAUUUCAUUCAGUUGCCAAAAACCUUACCAAUACCAAUACAUACACCAACAGCUUCCAGCUACACACUUCGGAUCAGCUCCUGAUGACACUGAUGAAGCUGCGUCUAAAUUUAUUGCAGGGUGAUCUUGCUGAAAGGUUUGGUAUUUCUCAGUCUAUUGUAAGCAAGGUGAUUUCGUGUUGGAUUGACAUCAUGGAGGAAAACAUGAGGUAUUACAUACCAUGGCUACCCAGGGAGACAAUCCAGGCAACAAUGCCUCAGUGUUUCAAAGAACAUUUUCCAAAUACAACAUGUGUGAUUGACUGUUCAGAGACACCCCUUCAAAAGCCACGCAACCUUGACUCGAGAGGUGAGUCCUACAGCCAUUACUAUGGCCAGAACACCAUCAAAUACCUGGUCUGCAUUGCACCAUGCGGACUGAUCAUGUUUAUUUCACCAGCAUAUGGAGGAAGGUGCAGUGAUAAAUUCUUAACUGCUAAUUCAGGGUUCCUGGAAUACCUUCGCCCAGGCGAUGAAGUAAUGGCAGACAGGGGCUUCACUAUUAACGAUCUCCUCUAUGAAAGGAAGGUAAAACUUGUCAUUCCUGCCUUCACCAAGAAAGGCAUGCAACUCUCUGAAGAAGACACCACCAACACUAGGCGCAUAGCUAAUGUACGUGUCCACGUUGAGCGAGUCAUAUGCAGACUAAAAAACUUCAAAGUGCUUUCUCAAACAGUUCCAAUUAACCUCACUCCUAAAAUUGAUAAAAUUUUGAGAAUUUGUGCAGCCCUAUGUAACCUUCGAAGCGACAUCAUUUCUGAUGUAGAGGAUGAGUAAGUGUUGGUUUGUAGCUGUGUUCCAAAAUCUGUUGAGAUAUUUUGAUCUUUUUGCUAUGGUUUUGCUUUAAUGUGUAAAUAGUACCAGUAGUUAUUUUGUGAUCAGAUGUUACUUGUGAAGAGUUAUUUUUUUUAUAAACCUUUACACUGUGACCAGAUAUUACUUGUGAAUAGUUAUUUUUUUAUAAACCUUUACACUGUGAGAUCUAUAGAUUCACCUUAAAACGUAAAGACUCCUGGUUUAAAGAAAUAAGUCUUUGCAAGUUUACAAAUGAAUUCCAUCUUGGUUUAUUACAUAUGAUAAUUUUAUGGUGAAAUAUUACCUCUACAUGAAGGUCAGUAAAAGGUGUCUUAAGCUUCCUGAAAACAACAAAAACAAACUGAUUUUAUACAACCUAUUAUAAAUUAUACAUUUUCUGAAACAUAAAUCACAGAGUAUCUGUUGUUUAACGAAACCGAUUUAAAACAACUGAUUUAAAAUAGUAUCUUUCUUUACCUACAGUCUCUACAUCCCACCCCUAUUACCUAAUAUCUUA